CCCAAACAGUCAGAGCGCGACACGAACUUUCACACGUUGUUACGCACGUCUGGAUCAGCAUGUAAUAUCGAAACCGAUCACAUCAUCACAUCGGAUCCCCUGCCGUCAUUAUGUCAUUGGCAUCACCGGACACUUAAAAGCUGUAAAUGCUGGACAGCAUUCAACUCUCUGCUUCUUCAGCUUCAUCCAGCACAGCAGCUGACAGUCUUCAAGUCAGAAAUGAGCCAGAGGAAGCUGUGUCAAGCUGGACUCCUGCUCUGGAUGUGUGUAAUGAACAGGUUCUUGGACACAGCAGCAGAAGCAGCUUCAUCAUCAACAACACUGUCCAUCACACAUUGUGUGAUUAUGCAGCACAUCCACAUCACCUGUUACUGGAAAACGACCAACCACCACCUGAACAACAGCAGCUACAGACUUCAGAUUAACAAAACCAAUUGUGAAACAAAACAAAGCUUCAUUACUGUGGGUGAAUGUGAUACCAGAGGGACUAACUGCUCCGUUCAGCCCAUCGAUUCAGUGUUACACUGUUUCCAUGCGGACGUGCUGGCAUCCACGCACACUGGAUUCAUUCGCUCACCGCUGUACUUCUUCAGUGGUGUCAGUGCAGUGAAACUUGCUCCCCCACAGAUAAUAAAUCUCAAUCAAUCAGCGAGACCUUCUGAGUGUUUGCAGGUGACCUGGGGAAUGAAUGAGAAAGUCUACAAGAAUGAGGAAGGCUACAUAUGGCUCCAAAUUGAGUACACGACACAUGACCAGACUCGAUCACAGACUAUACAAGCGUUUCCCGAGGCGAUACUGGAGCUCUGUGACUUACACCCAGGAUCCAAGUAUACAGUGAGACUGAGAGCUCAGGACAUUCGAGCAAAGGCUCACUGGAGCUCAUGGACAUCUAUAGACACCACCACAGCAGAGAAAGCCCCGUCUGCGGCUCCUCGGCUCUGGAGACACAUCCAGCCUGCAGAAGAAGCUGGAAAGAGACGCCUCACCCUGCUCUGGAAGCCUGUCUCCUGGCCUGAGGUCAAUGGUGUUGUGCUCAGUUACUCUGUGUCCUGUCGCAGUGAGCUGGAUUCAUCGCAGUGGACCUGUGGCGCUUUAAACGCAUCCAGAAGCUCCUGUGUCCUCAUCAUCUCAGUCGACCCCUGUCACUGCAACCUGACGGCUACCAACUCUGCCGGGACGUCACCUCCAGCUCACAUCUACAUACCUGCGCACACAGAUGCAGAAGAACUCCCACCCCCUCAGAUAACCAGAGUCACCCCAUUGGACGACACUCGCCUGAAGGUGGAAUGGACAGCUACACUGAACCAAUCAGAGAGGGGCUUUGUGCUGCAGUGGAGUUCUGUGCCUUACAGUGGACCAACUAGUCUACACUGGGAACAUAUAAAUAAAACUGCACGAAGUUUUAUUCUCACAGGCCUUCUGCCAGAGGUGCCAUAUAAUCUGUCGGUCGUGAGUCUGUAUGAGCGACAAGCAGGAAGUGACAUGUCUGCUAUUGCCUUCACACGGGAAGGAGCGCCCUCUGUUGGCCCAAAGAUGACAAUGCUGAAGACGAGCAGCAGUGGCAUUGUUCUGAAAUGGGAACCUGUUCCUAUAGAGAAACUCCAUGGCUUCAUCCAGCAUUACACUGUUCUGUACAGUAUAAAUGGCAAAAGUGAGGAGGCUUACGCUUGCGUUGAACAGAUGUCUCUGACUGGACUAACAACAGGAACCUAUAACAUCUGUGUAAUGGCUCACACUGCAGCAGGGGGCGCCGCUGGGCCGUGGCAGAUGGUGGCUGUGGGGCUUGAGGAUGUACAAGUGAUCCCCAUACUGCUGUGCGCACUACUACUGAGUUUUCUGAUACUAAUAAUCCCAUUAUGCCUGAGAGUAAGGAUUAAACAGUGUCUGUGUCCGACCGUACCAGACCCCUCAAAAAGCAGCCUGUCCAUCUGGUCUAACACAAACUCAUGUCAGCAUAAGCUAACAUCCACCAUGAGCUCCAUCAUCUCUAUCAGUCAAGCUACAAGCUAUCAGGGUUAUUGUGAGAAAGACUACGUCCCGGUUCAGGUGUUCACCUACCACACUGUUCGACAUGAUGAAAAUGAGGCCGAAACCAAGACCACUGGAACAUACCUGGACCCCAAACCAGCACCAACUCAAGCUUUCUCGACACAUCUCCUCAACCAGAGCUACACCAAACCAGACCAAGCCAUUCCAGCUGGAUAUAAAGACGACUCGCAGCCCUCAUCAGCCGAUCUCUUGUUUGACUCACUCUUCAACUAUAAAAGGAGUCAAGUUGAUUUAAGCAGCUACAUCCAUGUGUCCCAGAGCUACGCGCCAUUUGUUACAACCAUAGACGCAUACAGAACUCUCGAGCUUGAUGAGUGUUCGCACUUCCUGCAGGUUUUACCGGAGGACACCAGCACAUAGUUCAUCACAGACUAAACAAUGAGUCUUACGUGACUGGGGUUUCACACAAUCCCACUCUCGCCAGCCAGCCCGCCAAAACAUGUGCCAUCAUAUCAAACACCAUUUUUGUGUGCUUUCUGAUGGACAGAUAUAUACAGGCUUGGGAAGUAACAGGAUAGUUUGAACGGCAUAAGGCAGGUUGGGACAUAAACCUGGAUGCAAUAGAAUCCGAUAACUAGUCUGCUCUGCAAACUGUGUCCAGUGUAGACAGCCUCAGUUAAUUAUAAGAGUUGCACUGGAUUUAUAAAAGUUUCAUUGGCAGGUUCAAGAGAUUGUGUUCUGCCCGACACUGUGACCUAGCAGGCAACCUUUUUAUCUGAGCACCUCCCGUCAGAUCUUGUCUAGGUCAAGGGCUCCACUUCAGAACUGCUAGUUAUUUGCACAUGUGACACCUCUCACAAAACCACUUUGAUCUCAAGAAGAAAAUGUGCAUAAACCACUGAUACCAGUUGCCAAUUUCGUGGAAAAUUGUGCCGGGUAGGAAAAUUGCUUUCAUUGCAUGGAGAUUUGGCCAGUAUUUUCUGUUUCUAAGAUAAGACAGUGCUAUUUUAAUGUUAACAUCGUAACAUUUUUUUUUUUUAUCUUAUGGUUCCUUGAAAACUACAAGUGUCCACAUUGUUACUUUCAUAUUGUGAUAUUUGGUUACAUUUUUAGUAAGUAUUUGUAAUUAGUGAUUUUUAACCCUCCCAUUUCUGUUGACAGUCAAAGACAAAUAGUCCCAGACGGACAACACGUUCCCCUUUGUGGGACUGGUUACAUCACGGACACAUCUUGGAAUUAUACGGACCUGUUUAACUUGAGAGGAACCAAAUAUUAUUUUGCAUUGUGUAUUUCCAAUGUGGUCUUAACUGUAACACUGCUGCUUACAUUAAAACCUGUCGUCUCCUGC